UCGUGUCUCCCUCCCUUCUUCUUUCCUCUCUUCUCCUCUGUCGUCUCUAUUUCUCUCUCUCUCCUCGCUGUGUGUGUGCUGAUCAGUAUGGGGAGCAUAGGAUGCAUGUGGACUCUGGGACUCGUCUGUCUGGGUCUCACGUUCAGAUGGACACAGGGACAGACCACCAACAGCACCAGGCCUGUGUUUCACUGUGGAGGGAACCUGGAUGGAGAUAGUGGCUUUGUGGGCAGUGAGGGCUUCCCAGCCUUCUACAAACCUGACACCAAAUGCACCUGGUACAUCACUGUCCCCGAGGGAAACGUGGUCAUGCUCACCUUCAGGAUCUUCGACCUGGAGGCCGACUCCCUCUGUCGCUAUGACUACCUGGAUGUCUACAACGGCCACUCCAACAUGGUGGAGAAGCUGGGCCGCUUCUGCGGAACGUUCCGGCCCGGUACUCUCAUGUCCACCUCCAACACCAUGAUGCUGGACAUGGUGUCGGACUCGGGGACUGGAGGAAGGGGAUUCGUGGCUUACUUCCAGGGGGGGAAGCCCCAUGCAGAUGAUCAGCUCUGCGGAGGGAAAUACACCAAGUCCCAGGGUUCCAUCAAAACCCCUGACUGGCCAGAGAAGCACUACCCUCCCAGCACCAGCUGCUCCUGGUUCAUCACUGUGGAAACUGGCAUGGCUGUUGAGGUGAACUUUGAAAAGUUUACCGUUGAGGCAGACACUUACUGCCGCUUUGACUAUGUGGCAUUUUACAAUGGAGGAGAGAGGGAAGACUCCAGGCUUAUUGGCAAAUACUGUGGAGAUGUGCCCCCCAAGGAGAUAGUGAGUAACGGGAACAUGCUGCUGGUACAGUUUGUGUCCGACACCAGCGUCACCUCCGACGGCUUCAUGGCCACCUACCGCAGCAUCCCUCAAGGCUCCAAGCCUCCCACCACAGAGGGCGACAUCGUGACAGGCCCCCGCGUGGAGUCUCGGCCUCGUGUACCUCUGGGCAGACCGGACAGAACCAACAAACCCGACAAGCCUGAACCCAGGAGGCCCACGGACAAACCCGCCACUACCACUACCACUACCACCACCACAACAGUGCGCCCCACCCCUAAACCCAGACCAGCCAGGCCAGUGAAACCAAACCAGCGCAGGCCUGUGAACAAACCUGUGAAACCUUCAAGACCUAGAGUUCCUCUUAACCCACUGUGUGCGCAGCCAUGUAAGAGAGACGGAACCAUCAAGUCCAGCUUCUGUGCCAGUGAAUUUGUGAUCACUGCUAGGCUAACAUCAGUGACUCCCAAACCUGGCGGUGUGAUUCAUAUCACCGGAUCCCUCAUCAAGUCCUACAAGACUGGCCGGCUGACCAUCACCCAGGCUGGAGAGGACAUGUCCAUCAAACUGGUCUCAGCUUGCCAGAAAUGCCCCGUGCUACGCAGAGGCAACAGCUACAUCCUGAUGGGCCAGGUGGAUGAAGAGGGCCGUGGCACCCUGGCGCCAGGCAGCUUCACCGCCCCCUACAAGGCUCCUCACCACAAGAUCCUGAACAACAUCAGCAACCAGCCCUGCUGACCCCUUCACCGCCCUCGCCAACCGCACCGCACUGCCAGUUUAGCCGAAAACUCUGAGGUGUGUCUAGACUGAAGCAGUUUGGGAAUGGAAAACAAACCAUAAAGCCCAAAAACCAUGACGGCAACAGACCCACAUUAUCCUAUUAAUGGGAGUGGCAUUACUGUAAUAGGACUGGCAUUAAAGAACAAAUUAGAAAACGAAAUGCAGAUGAAGUGUGAAAAUGCUUAAAUUGUUAACUUGCAGCUGAGGUGACCUGUCCUCACGCACGAGGUGCACACAGUACAGAGUGACAGCUUUAUAAGGUCACAUAGUGGGACUAUAUUUUUUACUAUAAGUUUUAUACACAGAGAUGUCACAUGUUAUAUUUCUAUGUAAAUUAUGAUGAUGUCUUUGAAUAAAAAAACAACUUUUAUAUAACACAA